GUUCUAUAAUCUAUAGUCUAUACUACAUCCUGUGGGAAUGAAUAAUCAGUAACAUUGGUCUUCUUCCGUUUGACAAAAACUUCAGCCGACCUCCACCGGUCGUCUAAACCCUAAACCCUAAAACCCAUUCUGAUUUUGUUGAAUUAAACAACCAAGCGGCUAAUAAUGGCGGCGAUACCCUCCGCCGGAGCAGAAGCACUCCACCGCCUCAAGCUAGCGGAGCCACCAAUGUACCUGACUCCGUCUUCGGAACUUGCUUCCGCCGCUCGUAUUGCUUCGGAGCACCUAUUCGCUUCGCUCAAACCCUACACUCCUAAAUCACCUUUCGACCGCCUCCUUGUAGACGACAAGUUUGAUGCCGAGCAGAUUUGGCAGCAAAUUGACCUCCAAUCCCAGCCGUUAAUCUCUGCAAUCCGCCGUCAAGUUAACAAGUUUGAGAAGGAUCCGCAAGAGCUUAAGAAUAUUUUUAAGAGUGGUGAAACUGAGCCAGAGAAAAAGAGGGAGUUGGUCUUAGAGGGAGAGAAAGAAGAAGACGAAGAUGAUGAAGACAACGAAGAAGAGAGUGACGACGAGGAUGAGGAUGAGAUGGAAGAAGAUGAAGAUGAAGACGAAGACAAAGACGGAGUGAGUGAAAACAAAGAGGGAGGUGCAGGUGGAGUUGAAGAUAAGUUUUUGAAUAUAGAGGAGAUGAAGGAGUUUAUGGAAGAUGAUGAAGCUAGAGAGUAUGGUCUUAAUAAAAAGAAACAAGUGGUGAAGAAAUUGGCUAGAAAGCAUGUACAAGAAGAUGAGGAAGAUGAAGAAGAAGAUGACGAUGAAGAUGAAGAUGACGAGCUUGGAGUUCUUGGAGAAGAAGACAUGUCAGAUGCUGAAGACGCUAGAUAUGAGGAUUUCUUCACAUCCAAAAAGCCACGCGACCAAUACAAGAAACCUAAACAAAACAAGGAGGUGGAAAAUGUAGACAUGGGCGAUGGAGAAGAAACUGAGGGUUCAGAUGCAGGUGAUGAAGAUGAAGAUGAAGAAGAUGAUGAAAUGGGGCCUGAUGAUGAGAUGAAGACAGACAAUCUUUCUACUCAUGAGAAGCAGCUCUUAGAACAGCGUGCCAGAAUAGAAGAAGUUGAAAGAGAAAACCUGGAAGCAAAGUCAUGGACAAUGCAAGGAGAAGUAAAUGCAACUAAAAGACCUAAAAAUAGUGCUUUGGAAGUUGAUUUAGACUGGGAACGCAAUGCAAAACCACCACCAGUAAUCACAGAGGAAGUUUCACAGUCCAUUGAAGAAAUAAUCUUGAAAAGAAUAUCUGAGGGACACUUUGAUGAUGUUCAAAAGGCUGCUACUUUACCUUCUAAAGCACCAAGGGAAAUGAAGGAAUUGGAUGAGAAUCAGAGUAAGAAGGGUCUUGGUGAAAUAUAUGCGGAUGAGUAUGCUCAAAAGACUGGCCUGGUUUCACAAGCCUUGACGUUCUCAGAUGAGCAAAAGAAGGAGGCAAGCGUUCUUUUCAAGAAACUAUGCUUAAAGUUGGAUGCUUUAUCGCAUUUCCACUUCACUCCAAAACCAGUGGUUGAAGACAUGUCUAUUCAGACAAAUGUACCUGCCCUAGCAAUGGAAGAGAUUGCACCUUUGGCGGUUUCGGAUGCAGCUAUGCUGGCACCUGAGGAGGUGUUUUCUGGGAAAGGAGAUAUUAAAGAAGAAGCUGAACUAACACAGGCUGAUAGAAAGAGAAGAAGAGCUACCAAGAAAAGAAAAUUCAAAGCUGAGAAUGCAAAGAGAGUGAUAGCAAAGAAGCCACAAGAAAGCACAGAGACAGCUGGCACUGGCAAGGAAGAAUGAUAUGAGUUUUUGCAGAAAUUUUCUGUUGAAGAACAGAUGGAAGGUGAUUGUGAAGAGCUGUAGCCUCUAGCCAUGACUUCUGGUUUGAUCCUUCUUCCAUCUGGAAAGUUUUGUUCUAAAUAUUAUAAAGGUGAAGAAGAUGAGUAAUAGUGUAUCUGUUUUGGUAUAAAGAAUCUCAUUUUUAGCAAUUGGUUUGAUUACCCGAUGCACAUCUUGUAAACACAAUGAAUUAUUAGUUUAGCCAAAGAACAUCAAAG